UCCCUUUUCCUCGCUUUUCGCUUUUCUACAUAGUAUUUAAGCAAUCCCGUCUCCCAGGACACGGCCGCAUUUGCCCCUCGUCCUUACUAUGAUACGAGGAGAAGGUGAAUUUGAAGAAGUCCCAAUCGAAGUCCAUCCCUCGCCCUAUCACUGUCCCUGUCACUGCCACUGCCACUGCCACUGUCGUUGCUACUACUGUAGCUACCCUCGCUUCUACUACCUUAACUCUAUCUUUCCUUCAACGACACUCGUACACUGGGAUUGCUUCUCGGCCUGCCUGUGCCAUUGAAUCGAAGGCCCUGACAAGUAUUCAAUAUACACUGUAUCUGCUUACAAAAAAUCUCCAUCGUCACCUACAAAACCCGGACCAGCGGAAGCAGUCCAAAAAAAAGCCAAUCUCGAAAAACUAACCAUGGUGCUCCCCCAUGGUCCGCAGACCGCCGGAGACUGCCAGAUUGUGUACGAGCUUGAUCGCGAAGCCGUCGAACGAGCAGCAGAAUACGGCACCCUCGAGGAUGAAAUCCAGCGGCAGAAGACACACAUAUCGACGCUACCCAACGACUCGGAGGAAGAUGACCGCAGCAGCGACACCCGCGGCUCCCAGGUGGGGACUGACUACAAAUACCUCGAGUGGACAACACCGGUCGAGGAGCUCUGUCCCAACCCUGGACAGCUGCCGCGUGGAGUGAUUGAGGUUGUGGAUCCGUUUCGCUGGGGAAAUACCAAGAAGAAUGUUACGCUCGCUCUCUGCUGCGCUUCCACGUUUGUGGCGGCCUACACCGCGGGUGCCUACACCAGUGGGCUGGCGCAGAUGGAGGUCGAGUGGAAUAUGGAGAGGGUGCCGUUGCUGGUUGGCGUUACGUGCUACACCACGGGAUUCGCUAUUGCUCCCAUGUUUCUUGCGCCGCUGUCGGAGGUGUACGGUCGUCGAAAUGUGUUUUUGGCGUCAUACAUCCUUUUCACUGUAUGUACGUUGGCUUGCGCGCUUACCGACAACUAUGCGGGAAUGCUGGUGGCCCGCAUCUUCCUCGGCGUGGGAGGUAGUACCUUCUCGACUCUCUGCGGAGGUGUCAUCUCGGAUAUCUACCAUGCCGAGUUUCGAGGAUUUCCCAUGGCUUGCUUCUCGACGGUUGCCUUGUUCGGCACAGGUGCUGGUCCGCUGGUCAGCGGGUUCAUUGCGGAGUAUAUGAACUGGCGAUGGAUCCAUUGGGUUCAGCUCAUCUUCAACGCCGUCUUGCUGGUGGCUGCUGCGAUCUGGUUCAAAGAGACGCGAGGAAGUGUACUAUUGAUCCGCCGGGCGAAGGCGCUCAACAAGUACCUCGACGAACAUUGCCACGAGGGGGUCGACCCAGCGACCGAGAAGGGUAGCCUACGUGUCCGCUGGAAGGUCAAGGCCGAAGAAGAGCGAGCCGGCCUGUCUCAGAUGGUGCGAGUGUCGCUCACGCGGCCAUUCCACCUCCUCUUUACCGAGCCCGUCGUGUUCUUCUUCAGUCUGUGGACCGCAUUCAGCUGGGGAAUCCUCUACCUAUUCCUCCAGGGUGUCCCGCUGGUCUUCCAGACAUCGCACAAGUUCACCAUCUCCCAGGUCGGUUCGGUCUUCACGUCGAUGUGCAUAGCUUCGUUCCUUGCACUCGGCCUUAACAGUCUCGUCGAGGGCUCAGCGCGGCGCUUCAUGCCCCAGGCCAAAGGCCCCGAAACCCGGCUCUACGCUUCGUGCACGCUCGGGGCCCUCCUCCCCAUCGGCAUGUUCUGGUUCGGAUGGACGUCCUUCCCCAGCCAACACUGGAUUCUCCCCACCUGUGCUGUGGGCGCGGUGACGAUCGGGAUCUUCUCGGUGUAUCUGGCAGUGUUCAACUACUUUGCCGACACGUACCACCGGUACGCGAGCUCCGCCCUCGCCGCGCAAUCCUUUUGCCGCAACAUGCUCGCCGGGUUCUUCCCGCUGAUCACGGACGCCAUGUACCACCGCAUGACGUUCCAGGGAGCCAGCAGCUUCCUCGGCGGCGUGGGCCUGAUGCUCAGCAUCAUCCCCUGGGUCCUUGUCGUCUACGGCGAUAGGAUCAGACGGAGAAGCAAGUUUGCCAGCGAGAUCAUGGAGGUGUAGUACAGCAUCCCGCAUCUCGCAUCUCGCAGCGGCAGUUUUGCUGCUGUCUGUUUCUAUUUUUUUCUUGAUUUUUCUUUCGUUUUUUCUGCCUUUUUUUCUUCUUUCUUUCUCGGUAUUUGCUUUACUUCGCAAUACAUAUGGCUGCGUUACAUCGUACAAAAGUUCUUGAAGUACAUACGGCGGCAGAAUUCACGGUACAUAAUUUUUUCUUCUUGUUUUUGUCUUUUUUUUCUUUGCAUUUACUUUUCUUUUUCUGAAUUCUUUACCAUUUGCUUUGCAUUCUGCGGAUUUUUUUUCUACUCUAGUUUCUACAUGUUACGACGAGAUCGGGCUACUCUACUCUAGACGGAGUUGGGACAUUUCGGAUCGGGCUCGGGAAGUAGACGGGGCAUGGCGGCGGG